UUAAUCUAUAUUGAGUUUUGAGUUUUUAUAUGAUAUUGAUUUAAAAGGACCAAGUGUAUCAGAGCCAAAAUGAGAAGUUUCUCUUCCAAUUCUAUGAUAUGAAAUAUUUUAAUUAGUAUAUAUUAUAAUAAAUAAUUUUUAAAUAAAAUAAUCAGAAUAUUAAUAAUUUUUCAAAACAAAAUUAUUCAAUAAUUUAAUUAUAUAAAAUAUAUAAUAUAACAAAAUGAGUAUAUCAUUCCAUUCAUUAAUAACAAGAUGAUAAGCAACUGAAUUAGCCACAAUUCCUGCACCUGCUAUAACAAUUUUUGCGAAGGUAAUAUUGUUGUAUGAAAUGGAAAUUGUUGUGUUGUAUAUGAAUCAUGAUUUUUUAUUUUUAUUUUUAUCGGAAUUAGGAUUAGAUUUAAAUGUUUCAUUUUUAUAGGUUAUAUUAUUUAAAUAAUUUCUAUAAGUUUUUAAAACUAUUUUUUGUAAAGUUGUAAUGUGGAAACAUUUUGAACUCGCGUGUUGCAGUAUUAAAUAAUAUGAAAAAUAAUAAUUAUAGUUUUUAUUACUUUUCUAAAUAAAUUGUAAAAAUUAGAAUUCUAAAAUAUGUUGACUAUGCAGAUAUUUUCUUAGAUAUUAAAAUUUUCAAUAUAAGAAUAAUGAAGAAUUUUGUUAAUUAAUCUAAAUUAUCACUUAAAAAUAAAAAUUAAGGAAUUUUAGAUAAUAUUUUGAUAUUUUAUAAUUAUUAAAUAUUUUGAAGAAAACAAAUUAUUUUUUAUGUUAAUUAUUUUUUCAUUAUUUUGAAAUAAUUUUAAUAUAAUUUCAAGAUUGAUUUUGAAAUUAUUUAAUUUAAAAUAUUAUUGAGUUUAAUUUUGGAUACAUUUAAAUAUUUAAUAUAAUUAUAAAUGCGCGCUAAAACUUUUUUAACGAUAAAUCGAAAUAUUUAAAUUUCGAUAGAUUUCGAUUCUCAAAUCUCUUCGAUAAAGUGAUCAUUCAAAAUGGGAACGAUGUUAGAUCUUCGGUUUUUAUUAAUAUCGUUUUUAUCAUAAAUUCAAGCGUUUCUAAUUGUUAUUUGUAUACUUUUACUAAUUAUUUUUAUUAGGAAUAAUUAUUACUACAAAAUUCUUUAUAAUGUGGUUCAUACUUUUCGCAAUCUGCAUCUUUAAAAUAACGUGUAUUUUUAUCUUCAUUAUCUAUUGCGUUGUCACUUUUCUUCUGGUUAUGUAUAACGCUCAAACAGAAGAAUUGAAAAAAUGUAUUGUACCUCAAGAUACAAAUGUGGAAGAAGAAUUCCCAAUCGAAAGUCGCGAUAGCGUAGAUGAUAAAUUGGAAAUAUUAACAGAAAAACUUACGGAGAAAGAACAUGUGUUACAAAAAUCGCAAUGUGAAAUAAAAGAUGCAGAAAAGGUAUUGACUGAUUUGGAAAAUAAAACAUCUUCUUGUCGAGAUCGAUAUCGCUCGUUAAUGAUUGAUUUGAAAAAAGAUAUUCGGAAGACUGAAGAUGAGGUAAGAAUGUUACAAAAUCAAAUUUCAAGUUUAUCAAUUCGACGAGAAGCUCUUCGAAGUGAAGUAUUAAAGCAACAAGAAGAUUAUCAAAAAAUGCUCAAUAGUUUUUCUAAAGAAUUGGAGAAUAAAAAAAUAUUAUUCUCUUCGAGUAUUGAGAAAUCAAGACACCCUCGUGUGAGUUAUUUCAUUUUACCAUAAAAAAAUUUUAUCGUCUUCUUGUAUGCAUAAUAAUUAAUUUUUUAUUAAAUGUUCACAGUAUUGUUUUUCAUAUUAAAGAAAGAAAAUUAGAACAAAUAAUUAAGAAGACAUUAUCAAAUACUACUUUAUCGAACAUCGAUUUAAUAUCGAACAGUCAGAGAAUAGUUAUUUUUGAUUGAGUUGUAAUGUUUAUUUAUUAUUCACAAUAUGUACAUUUAAGUAAACGAUCGAUAUGAAAGUUUUUUACUUUCAAAUGCAUGGUAAAAAUUAAUAUUGAAACAAAAAUUUAAUUCGAGUUUUAUGAAUUUCGAUUAUUCGUAAAAAAAAUGAUUUCUUAUAUAGAAAUUAUUUCUUAUAUAGAAAGCAAAAACAAAAGCAAAAACAAAGUGCAAAAUAUUAUUUUUAUUGAUUAAUAAUCAAUUAAUAACUAAUAAUUAAUUAGUAGUUUAUCAAAAUAAUAAUUUCAAUUAAUAAUUGUAAAUUUUUAUUUCUAAAUAUUUUGAAAAUGAUUUUUUCUUAAGAUAAAGGUUAGUAUAAAAUAUGAAGUUUAUAAUUUAAACUUUAAAUAUUGCAUGAUGUUAAAUAUAAAUGGUAAAAAAAAUAAUACAGUAUUUAAAAACGAUAGAAUUUUUACAUACAAAAUCAGAAAAAAAGAAUAAAAAAAAAAUACUCUAUGAGACGUUAUUUUUGAAAUGUAUUAAUUUGUAGGAGAUUAAAAAUAAAAAUAAGUAAGGAAUAAGUAGAUAAUAUAUUUUUUUCAUUCAAGAUAUUUUUUUCAUCUUAAAAAUGAAAAGAAUUUAAACUAUUUAUUUUGAGUGCCUUUUUUUUUGUAAUCAUAGAAUUGUACAUUCAUACGAACAUAUUAAAACAAAUAGAGAUGUUUUAAGGCACUUGCUUCUUUUCCGAUAUAUAACGUAAUAGUUUUUUCAAAAUUUUCUUCGUGAGUUCAUAGAGAGUUCCUUAAAAAAUUGUAAUAAACAUAAAAGGAACACUAUCUUUUAUUUGAAAAGAAUACUAUAAAAUGUUCGUUGAGCUUGUUAAGUGCACACGAAAGGAACCUUGCUGUUUAUUCUUUUAAUUUUUUCUAAUUUCUUCUGCUAUUCCACACAUCUUAUUAUAUUAUUUCAUGGGACACUUUUUUUGAUAUAAAACAAAACUAUUUAUCAACAUACUUCUUGAAAAUCAUGCAAGAAGUUUGAGAUUUCUGGACAUAUUUUAGUUCAUCUUCUAUUGAAUGUAAUAGAAUACAUUCAAAGCGAACAUAAUUUUUUAUUCAUAAAAUUCAUUAAAAGUUGUUAUAGAGAUUUGUCCAUUUCUGCAAAUUAUUAAGAUAGUUAAAAAUUAUUGAAAAAAAUUGAAAUAUACUUUCAAAAAUAAAAAUUACCAUUUCUUUAUAAUUCUGUAUGAUGUGAUGGAAAUUUUUUCAGAACUGCAUGAUAAAGAUUGUAAAAUGCAUAAAAACUAACACUCAAGAUGACGAUCAAUGCCGAGCCAAAUAUCCAAGAUAAAAAAUGACCAUCUAUGAUAUCCGAGGUCUCUUUUCUCUUUCUUGCGCUAAUCUCGCCCAGGGUAGUGCCUUUUCGCUCUUCCAUCAGUCUUUUCAUAUUCGCUAAUUUCUCACGCAGUUCAUCUACUGAUUCAGCGAUAUCUUCGAUUGAAUCGCCUCCAGGUAGAUCUACAACUUGGACGAAUAAAGUGUAAUUCCGAGAAAUAGAGACAUUUAAAAGCAUCAUUUAAAUAUAAACCAAAAAAGUAUUUUGGAGAAAAUAAAAAUUUUCCAUUUUGAAUAUAUUUUGAAAAAAAAAUUAUUGAUAAUUAAAAAGAAAUGCAUUUUUUUUUUUAUUCAUUAAAAAUAAUAUUUAAAGAGAUACUUAGAAUUUAAAAAAUUGAAAUAUUUAUAAUAAAAUACUUUUUUUUUAACAAACAAGUAUAGAGAUCUUUUAACAUUUUAUUAGGAGUGAUGUAAGUUCUAUUUUUGAAAGAUAUUUUGAAUUGAAGCUAUGACUACUUACCCGUAGCUUCUGGCGUACAAGUAUGUGUUACUGUUUUCAUGAUGCUUGCCUCUAUCUCUUUUAAUUGUAUAACUUGGUCCAGCAUUCGACACGAAGGUCGGUAUUGAUUAUCCAGCAUCCUACUCUGUAGCGCAGUCUCCAUCUUCUGGAAAAUUAAGCCUCUCCGAUUUUUUUCUUUUUAAAUAGAUCAAAAUUAUCAUAUUAAGUUAUGAUCAAUUUUACUUAAAAAAUAAAUGCUUCUAUAUAAAUUUUAAAAUGCAUUAGAAAUUAAAUUUUAAAAUAUAACGAUUUUCUUUAUAGGAAUACAUUUUUUUAUUUAUUAAAAAAUGGAUUCAAGUAUUAAAAAUAAAAAAUUUUGAUUUAAAUGCCCUGUACAUUUCGAUAUUUAUAAUAUAUAUUUAUAGAUUGGUUUAAAUAAAUGAAGGACUUUUUAGACUUUUCAAUUAUUAGUUAUUAGUUACUAUUUUUUAAUAUUUUAAUAAUUAAAUAGAAUCUAUUUAAUACAAAUUAUACAUAUUUGGAAUUCAAGAAAUUAAUUCAAUUGUCCCGCGCUUUUAUAAAAUUCUGAAAUUGUAGCGCUACAAGUGAUCAUCGAUCUCGUCGCAGUUUGCAAACACGGCUAAAGAAAGUCGUACGACAUUCGGGCGGAGUCGGACGCACCUUCGGGGACGAAGGUUGACGUCACGGCGCAAAAUGGCCGCCGGUAUCGGAAAUGGAGUAGCAUAGAGGCUGGGCGGUAGGAACGAACUGUAGGUGUGUCAGUAUUCGGCUUUUCCGCGAUAAUGCCAUCGAAAUGCCGAUUGUUGCACGCUGACUUGCGCCUCGUGCAUAACUUGUACGUACGAUCGGAAUCGUUCCGUUGGCCGAAUUUUCGAUGGUGAUAAUAAAUUGUGAAAUAGUCGGCGAGGUAAAAUAAGCGGUGUUCCGAACUCCCCUCGAUAUAUAUCUUUCCUAAAACGAAAUUUUUUCUGUUCAUAAUUUACUUGUGUUACAUGCAUUCAAUAGAUAGGAUGAAAUCUUGUCUAAAUAAAAUCGAAGUGAAAAGUAAACGAUAGCCUGUCCAGUGAUCAUUCUUAUACUGUUCACGGAUAUUUCACGAAUGUCAGACUCAUCUGCCCGGCUCCAGAAGAGAGUGCACUGUGAAUAUUAUUUUUGUGUCGAAUUAUUUCGAUUGAAUAUUAGUUUAUGUUUCUGAUAAAAAGUGAAAUGGAAAACGAAGAAUACGCGCGUAUGAUCAAUGUAUAAGAGAUCCAAGAGUGCGUAAUAUAGUGUAUAUUCACUGAUCCUAUUUGUGAUCUGUCAAAACUGACUUAGCUAUCUAACAAUCGUACAUAUAUUUAUAGUGAAACUAUUUGUAUAUUGGGUAUCAAAUCUUCCUCUUACGAAUUGAUUAAUUUUUUUUAAGGAAAAUAUUCUCGUUGCCUAUGACUGUGUCUUAACUGCGUAUGAUCCUUCACAACGACACAUCGAUUGAUUCCCUUCCGUAAACAAUAUUUAAUAGCUGCUAAGAAUGUAUUGUCCAAUGCUGAAAACGAGAUAUGAAUUUGAAUCAUGGUGAGAAAGUGACCGAGCGAGUAAUGUUGAACUUGGAACUGUUAAGAGAUUAUUCGAGCAAUGUUUCUGCCAAUAGGUAUCAGUUAACCAAACAUAAAAAAAGAACGAUUUUCAUCCUUCACAGAGUAAAAAUUAUGAGAAGUUAAUCUUCAGCAUUUUAGUAUUUCUUCUGGUUAAGCAAUAUACUCUUUAAAGAAGAUAACAUUAUCAGGAUUUCGGCGCGUAGAUAUUAUUAGAAUUACUAAAAGUGUGACUGAAAGAAAAAAAAUUACAAAUUUUUAAGAAGAAUUAGAAAGUUUCAAAAAUAAACAAAUCAAAGACAGAAA